UAUUUUCUGCAGCUGCUUUGGAAAAUAGGAACUGUCAUCCUGAUUUGCCUGAAGACUUGACCUGUCACCUAUAAAAGUCCGGAGAUGCGUUGUUAGCAAACCCAAGUGUUAUGAUGGUGGAGGAAAGUUUGCUUGUCUUCAUGUCCUUGGCCCUCAUCAUGGUGGCCACUCCAGCAAAUGUGACCUUCAGCUGCUUCAAGGACACCAUGAGCUAUUUGUCUGAUCUGAACAGUGAUGUACCCAAAGCCUAUGCCCUGAUGAUGUACGAUGCAGUGGGAAAACCAGGAAGCAGCUUACUGACGGGAAAUGUGGACAGACUGGGGUCGUAUAGUGAGUGCCUCUCGGUAGAAGAUCCUCAAGAAAACUUCAAGGGGGAAUACUGCAAACUGCAUGUGGAGCAGGAAGGAAUAAAGUUUGUGGUUGGGAUAUGUGUUCCUGAUUCUUGCACUAGCCAAGACAUCACCUUAUUGACCUCUAUAGGCCUGUUCAGAUAUAAGAAUGCGCCGUUCCUGGCCCCUCUGCCCUCCUUCAUCAUCCCGAAUGAAACUGCUGUCACCGUGGCCAAUACAGUCUGCUCCCGAGGCCUCUUCCCAACCAAUCCAUUCGCCAUUAUUUGCCUAUUCCUCAGUGGACUGCUGAUCAUCUUGCCAAUAAUUGGAUCCAUUUACACUGCGGUUCUUCACUUCAGAGACUCGCCACCAUUAGCCCAGUGUCAGAGCAUCAUUCUGCUCAGGAAACCGAGAGCUCCGGACCAAGAUAAUCCGGCCAUCAAAUCUCCUUCCCCCCCGGAGGAGGACUACAGCAAUCACAAGACACCAACUUGUUUAGGUCGUGUUCUGAAGAGCUUUUCAAUACAAGAAAAUAUCCAGGCUGUGAUGACUGUCAACACCCCAAGUCAAGAAUAUCCAACCCUCAACGGGAUCCGAGUCCUCAGCUUGUUGUGGAUCAUUUCUGGGCACACCAGUCAGUUGGCCAGUGUCUUUAAUAUUGAUAAUUCCUUUGAAUGGAAAUCACGAGUGUUAGAAAAGCCAAUAUAUUUCUACACACUGAGCGGUCCGGUGUACCUGGGUGUCGAUUCCUUCUUCUUCUUAAGCGGAUUUCUGGGUGCCAAAACAUUCCUAAAGAUGAUUGAAGAUUCUGAAAAAAAGGUGACUCUGACUAUGGUUAUGCAGUAUAUCUUCAAAAGGUUAAAGAGGAUACAGCCUCUCCACCUUGCUUCCAUCCCACUCUCUAUUGCUCUUAUCUCGUUGGUUCAGUGGGGCGUAUUCUGGGAACUACCCAAGCAUCAGUGGGACAGCUGUAACCGCGUGUGGUGGGCGAACGUUUUACUGAUUACCAAUUUUGUGUCCGUUUCAGAUUCUUGCACCGGCUGGGCCUGGUACCUCUCAAAUGAUUUCCAGUUCCAUCUCACAACCCCUCUUCUCAUUUUUCUGUAUGUCAAAGCUAAAUAUGUUAUGUUUGCUGGAGUGGUGCUGAUAUUUAUCGCAUCUACUGUUAUCACCACCUUGAUUUCCUUCUUUUUAAAACUUUCCAUCCGUUAUCCAAGAGGUGAAAGCCAGUCCCGCAUGAAUUACUGGGUGGAGUAUUACACCAAACCUUACUGUCGAUAUGGCCCCUUUUUGGUUGGUGUAGUGACUGGCAUUAUGAUUGCCAAAAAGCAGUACAUUACAAACAAGGCUCAGGCGGUUGUCGGAUGGAUAUCUGCAUUGCUCAUCAUGCUCCUGGUGAUAUGUCUUGCUUUCAUUCUGGAUGAUACUCCUACAUCUUACUCCAUCCUGGCCGCCCUUUACCAAGGCAUCCAUAGGACUUUGUGGGCAGUCGCUAUUGCCAUGAUCCUUGUUCUGUGUCAUGAAGGAUAUGGAGGCCUCCUAAAUACAAUCCUGUCAUGUAAAAUAUGGAACAUAUUAUCGAAGGUCAGUUACGCAUGUUACCUGGCACAUCCAAUUAUUAUAAUCUUCUACUGUGGACUGCAGGAGACGCUAUUCCACUACCAGGACAUCAACAUGUUCUACCUGUUCAUCGGACACUCCUUAUUGACGAUCGCCAUUGGCCUGGCUCUUACAAUACUGCUUGAAAGGCCAUUUCAAAGAUUGCUCUGUACUUAGCACUGAUUAUUUUCCCAAUUUAACAAAGAACACCAUGACUCAAUGACUCAACUCCGACUUCGUGGACCUGAAGCAAAGCGUGGACAUACAUAACCUGAAAUGCUUUACCUGCAGGGAUCAUACUUUGAUAAAGACUCAUACCAAGCCCUCAAGGAUUUCAGGAGACCAAGCACUGAAGACUUUAUGUGGGAUAUUCAAACCUCAGCUAUCAAGUACAGAAGAAUGGUUUAUGGAAUAUACAGUAUCAAUGUUAUUUGUAUUUUAAAGAGACCCUGUUGUUGGACUUAGAAAAGACAAAAUCUCAAUUUUUAUUUGGAAAAAAAGUAGAAAAUUGAGUACGGUUACAAUCACGUCAAGUUGGAAAAAAAGAAAAGACAAAAUCACCUUUAGCUGUGACUAAUAAUUACUUGUUAUGAUUUCCUUUAUUCUUGCAGUUAUCUGAUUUUAGUAGUUUGGAGUUUGAACACACAUCGCUACCAGGGAUGAAGCUUGGCAUCCAUUCAUUAAAGCAGAGAUCCUGGCUCUCUGGUGCUUUGCCCAAAAAACGGACACAGUGAGGCUCUUAUUGUGGUUCUUUUUGAGAUCAAUUCUAGUAUUUUUAUCAACUAUUUGUGUUCUUCUCUGUCAAUGUAAUUAAACAAAGGUGCAAUUGUU